CAGUGCGGAUUCUUUCCCGUCAUUCCCUGCAGCAGCAGCAGCAGCAGCGGCUCCGUGUCUUCGGGUCUCUUCGUGUCUCCGGGUCUCCUGGUGUCGGAUGCCAGUCUGCGGAUCAUCGUCUCGGCUGAAGUUCGUGAUCUUCGUAGCAGGGCUCGGCCUGAAGCUGCCGAUGUGGACGCGUCCCCGCUGACAUCGAGGCGUGUGUCAGAGGUGAAUGGUCAUGAUGACGACGGUGGCGGCCGAGUUCGACCACAUGGAGCUGCAGCAGCAGUACAGCAGCAACGACACGGUCAACAACCGCUGGGACGAAGAAUGGGACAACGAGAACAGCUCGGCCCGCCUCUUCGAACGCUCCCGCAUCAAGGCGCUCGCAGAUGAGCGUGAGGCGGUGCAGAAGAAGACGUUCACUAAGUGGGUGAACUCUCACCUGUCCAGAGUGUCCUGCAGGAUCACAGACCUGUACAUGGACCUGAGGGACGGACGCAUGCUCAUCAAACUGCUGGAGGUUCUGUCAGGAGAGAGGCUGCCGAAGCCGACCAAAGGCCGGAUGCGUAUUCACUGUCUGGAGAACGUGGACAAGGCUCUGCAGUUCCUGAAGGAGCAGAGGGUUCACCUGGAGAACAUGGGCUCCCACGACAUUGUGGACGGAAACCACCGACUGACGCUGGGACUCAUCUGGACCAUCAUCCUCCGCUUCCAGAUUCAGGAUAUCAGUGUGGAGACUGAAGACAACAAAGAGAAGAGAUCAGCCAAAGAUGCUCUGCUGCUGUGGUGUCAGAUGAAGACAGCUGGGUAUCCCAACGUCAACAUCCACAACUUCUCCACCAGCUGGAGAGACGGGAUGGCCUUCAACGCCCUCAUCCACAAACACAGACCCGAUCUGAUCGACUUUGACAAGUUGAAGAAGUCCAACGCUCACUACAACCUGCAGAAUGCCUUCAACCUGGCCGAGCAGCACCUGGGCCUCACCAAGCUGCUUGACCCUGAGGAUAUCAGCGUGGACCAUCCUGAUGAGAAGUCGGUCAUCACCUACGUGGUGACGUAUUAUCACUACUUCUCCAAGAUGAAAGCUCUGAAGGUGGAGGGCAAACGGAUCGGAAAGGUGUUGGAUAACGCCAUCGAGACAGAGAAGAUGAUCGAGAAGUACGAGUCUCUGGCCUCAGAUCUGCUGGAGUGGAUCGAACAGACCAUCAUCAUCCUCAACAACAGGAAGUUCGCCAACUCGCUGGUCGGCGUCCAGCAGCAGCUGCAGGCCUUCAACACCUACAGGACCGUCGAGAAGCCUCCAAAGUUCACAGAGAAGGGGAACCUGGAGGUUCUGCUCUUCACCAUCCAGAGUAAGAUGAGAGCCAACAACCAGAAGGUCUACAUGCCCCGAGAGGGAAAGCUCAUCUCAGACAUCAACAAGGCCUGGGAGCGACUGGAGAAGGCGGAGCACGAGAGGGAGCUGGCUCUGAGGACAGAACUUAUUCGCCAGGAGAAACUGGAACAACUCGCCAGACGCUUUGACCGCAAGGCCGCCAUGAGAGAGACCUGGCUCAGUGAGAACCAGAGACUGGUGUCACAGGACAACUUUGGUUUUGACCUUCAGGCCGUCGAAGCAGCCACAAAGAAGCAUGAGGCGAUUGAGACUGACAUCGCAGCGUAUGAGGAGCGCGUCCAGGCCGUGGUUGCUGUGGCAAAGGAGCUGGAGGUGGAGCACUACCAUGACAUUAAACGCAUCACGGCCAGGAAGGACAAUGUGAUCCGGCUGUGGGAGUACCUGCUGGAGCUGCUGAAGGCCCGCCGGCAGAGACUGGAGAUGAACCUGGGCCUGCAGAGAGUCUUCCAGGAGAUGCUCUACAUCAUGGACUGGAUGGACGAGAUGAAGAUGUUGCUGCUGUCUCAGGAUUAUGGGAAGCAUCUGUUGGGUGUGGAGGACCUGCUGCAGAAACACGCCCUGGUGGAGGCCGACAUCGCUAUCCAGGCUGACAGGGUGAAGGCAGUCAGCACUAAUGCCAACAAGUUCUCUGUCAACGAUGAAGGCUAUAAGCCCUGUGACCCUCAGGUCAUCCAGGACCGGGUUUCCCACCUGGAGUUCUGCUACCAGGAGCUGACCCAGCUGGCCGCAGAGCGUCGUGCCCGCCUGGAAGAGUCGCGUCGUCUCUGGAAGUUCUUCUGGGAGAUGGCCGAGGAGGAGGGCUGGAUCCGUGAGAAGGAGCAGAUCCUGUCCUCGGUUGAGCAUGGAAAGGACCUGACAGGGGCACUGCGCCUCCUCAGUCAGCAACGCGCCCUUGAGGAUGAGAUGAGCGGCCGCGCCGGCCACCUGCAGCACACCAUCGCAGAGGGCCAGGCCAUGGUGGAUGCAGGCCACUUUGCUGCUACCAAGAUCCAGGAGCGUAUCGCUGACCUGCAGGCUCAGUGGGCAGCGCUGGAACAGCUGGCAGCGGCAAGGAAGAAGAGGUUGGAGGAGGCUAUGGCUCUGCACCAGUUCCAGGCUGACGCAGAUGAUGUUGACGCCUGGACGCUUGAUGCCCUGCGCAUUGUCUCCAGUGGAGAAACAGGCCACGACGAAUUCUCCACCCAGGCUCUGGUCCGGAAGCACAAGGACGCAGCUGCUGAAGUGGCCAGCUACCGUCCAGUCAUCGACGCACUCCAUGAGCAGGCCGCCUCUCUAUCGACAGAGGAGGCUGAGUCAGAAGAGGUGCGUGGUCGGUUGGCCGGUAUCGAGGAGCGCUACAAGGAGGUGGCAGAGCUGACAAAGCUGAGGAAGCAGGCGCUGCAGGACGCUCUGGCGCUCUACAAGAUGUUCAGCGAGGCCAACGCUUGUGAGGUUUGGAUCGACGAGAAGGAACAGUGGCUGAACAGCAUGGAAAUCCCCGAAAAACUGGAGGACCUGGAGGUCGUCCAGCACAGGUUUGAGAGUCUGGAGCCGGAGAUGAACAACCAGGCAUCUCGUGUUGCUGUGGUAAACCAGAUCGCCCGGCAGCUGAUGCACAACGGUCACCCGAGCGAAAAGGACAUCAAGACCCAACAGGACAAACUCAACAACAGGUGGAGUCAGUUCCGUGAUCUGGUGGACCAGAAGAAGGAGUCACUGAACUCGGCCCUGGGAGUGCAGAAUUACCACCUGGACUGCAACGAGACCAAGUCCUGGAUCAAAGAGAAGACCAAAGUCAUUGAGUCAACCCAGGAGCUUGGCAACGAUCUCACCGGAGUCAUGGCCCUGCAGCGCAAACUGACCGGUAUGGAGCGUGACCUGGCCGCCAUUGAAGACAAACUAGGCGAUCUGCGAGGCGAGGCUCAGCAGCUGGCAGAAGAGCACCCUGAGCAGGCCAAGGCUAUCACAGACCGCCUGGCUGAGAUCACUGCUGUCUGGGAGGAAAUGAAGAACACCCUGAAGAACCGCGAGGAGUCUCUGGGCGAGGCCAGGAAGCUGCAGCAGUUCCUGCGAGAGCUGGACGAUUUCCAGUCCUGGCUGUCCCGGACUCAGACGGCCAUCGCCUCCGAGGACAUGCCCAACACGCUGGCUGAGGCAGAGAAGCUCAUGGCCCAGCACGAAGGCAUCAAGAACGAAAUCAAUAACUACGAGGAGGACUACCAGAAGAUGCGGGAUAUGGGGGAGAUGGUGACGCAGGGCCAGACAGAUGCACAGUACAUGUUCCUGAGACAGCGGCUGCAGGCGCUCGACACCGGCUGGAACGAACUGCACAAGAUGUGGGAGAACCGGCAGAACCUGCUGUCCCAGUCCCACGCGUACCAGCUGUUCCUCAGGGACACCAAGCAGGCCGAGGCCUUCCUCAACAACCAGGAGUACGUCCUGGCUCACACUGAGAUGCCCACCACUCUGGAGGGCGCAGAGGCCGCCAUCAAGAAGCAGGAGGACUUCAUGACCACCAUGGAUGCCAAUGAAGACAAGAUCAACAGUGUGGUAGAGGCCGGCAGGCGGUUGGCCAGCGACGGAAACAUCAACUCUGAACGCAUCCAGGAGAGAGUCACCUCCAUCGAUGACAGGCACAAGAAGAACAGAGAAGCUGCAGUGGAGCUGCUGAUGAGACUGAAGGACAACAGAGACCUGCAGAAGUUCCUGCAGGACUGUCAGGAGCUGUCUCUGUGGAUCAAUGAGAAGAUGCUCACAGCGCAGGACAUGACCUACGACGAGGCCCGAAACCUGCACAGCAAGUGGCUGAAGCACCAGGCCUUCAUGGCUGAACUCCAGUCCAACAAAGAGUGGCUGGACAAGAUCCAGAAGGACGGCAUGCUGCUGGUGUCGGAGAAGCCGGAGACGGAGGCUGUGGUGAAGGAGAAGCUGUCGGCGCUCCACACCAUGUGGGAGGAGUUAGAGUCCACCACACAGACUAAAGCUCAGUGUCUGUUCGACGCCAACAAGGCGGAGCUGUUCACUCAGAGCUGCGCUGACCUCGACAAGUGGAUGGGAGGUCUGGAGGGUCAGAUCCAGUCUGACGACUACGGCAAAGACCUGACCUCCGUCAACAUCCUGCUCAAGAAACAACAGAUGCUGGAGAACCAGGUGGAGGUGCGUCAGCGGGAGGUGGUGGAGCUGCAGAGCCAGGUGAAGGCUCUGGGUCAGGAGGUGAAGGACACUGACGAGGUGGAUGGGCGGAGGCAGGUGGUGGAGAGGAAGUUCCAGGAGCUGUUGGAGCCGCUGCGCCGCCGGAGGGACUUCCUGGUGGAGUCCAGAGAGAUUCAUCAGUUCAACCGAGACGUGGAGGACGAGAUCCUGUGGGUUCAGGAGAGGAUGGCUGUGGCUACGUCCACCGAUCACGGACACAACCUGCAGACGGUCCAGCUGCUCAUCAAGAAGAACCAGACACUGCAGAAGGAGAUCCAGGGACAUCAGCCUCGUAUCGACGACAUCCUGGAGCGCAGUGAGAGUCUCCUGAAGGACGAGUCGUCCAGCGCCAACAUCAUUCGCCAGCGUCUGGCCAACCUGCGGGAGCUGUGGAGGCAGCUGAUGGAGGAGGCGGAGCGGCGCCACGGGCGGCUGGAAGAGGCGCACAAAGCCCAGCAGUAUUACUUUGAUGCUGCCGAGGCUGAAGCCUGGAUGAGCGAGCAGGAGCUGUACAUGAUGUCAGAGGAGAAGGCCAAGGAUGAGCAGAGCGCCGUCACCAUGCAGAAGAAGCAUCAGAUCGUGGAGCAGGCGGUGGAGGACUACGCUGAGACCGUCCACCAACUGUCCAAGACCAGCAGAGGACUGGUGUCUGACGGGCACCCGGAGAGUGAGCGAAUCAGUAUGCGUCAGUCUCAGGUGGAUAAACUGUACGCCGGCUUGAAGGACCUGUCAGAGGAGAGGCGGGGCAAACUGGACGAGAGGCUCCGCCUCUUCCAGCUGAACCGGGAGGUUGACGACCUUGAGCAGUGGAUUGCUGAGCGGGAGGUGGUGGCCGGGUCGCAUGAGCUUGGACAGGACUACGAACACGUUACCAUGUUGCAGGAGCGUUUCAGAGAGUUUGCUCGGGACACUGGCAACAUUGGUCAGGAGCGCGUGGACGCCGUCAACCGUCUGGCAGACGAGCUGAUCAACACAGGUCACGGCGACGCAGCGACGGUGGCAGAGUGGAAGGACGGUCUGAACGAGGCCUGGGCUGAUCUGCUGGAGCUCAUCGACACCAGGACGCAGAUCCUCGCCGCCUCCUUCGAGCUUCACAAGUUCUACCACGAUGCAAAGGAGAUCCUGGGACGCAUCCUGGACAAGCAGAAGAAACUGCCAGAGGAAGUCGGCCGCGACCAGAACACAGUGGAGACACUGCAGAGGAUGCACACGACCUUCGAACACGACAUUCAGGCCCUGGGAACACAGGUGAGGCAGCUGCAGGAGGACGCGGUCCGUCUACAGUCGGCGUACGCUGGAGACAAAGCGGACGACAUCCAGCGGAGAGAGAGUGAGGUUCUGGAGGCCUGGAGGAGUCUGCUGGAGGCCUGCGACGGACGGCGGGCCCGCCUCCUCGACACCGGGGACAAGUUCAGGUUCUUCAGCAUGGUCCGGGACCUGAUGCUGUGGAUGGAAGACGUGAUCCGGCUCAUCGAGGCCCAGGAGAACCCCAGGUACACUCAGGCUGCUGCUGUCUGCUGGACUGGAACCUUUGGCCUGAUAACAGCUGUGCUAAACGUGUGUGUGUGUGUGUUCAGAGACGUGUCCUCGGUGGAGCUGCUGAUGAACAACCAUCAGGGCAUCAAGGCCGAGAUUGACGCCCGCAACGACAGUUUCACCGCCUGCAUCGAGCUCGGGAAAGCUCUGCUGGCUCGGAAACACUACGCGUCAGAGGAGAUCAAAGAGAAGCUGCUGCAGCUGACCGACAAGAGAAAAGAGAUGAUCGACAAGUGGGAAGAUCGAUGGGAGUGGCUCCGACUCAUCCUGGAGGUGCACCAGUUCUCGCGGGACGCGGGCGUGGCCGAGGCGUGGCUGCUGGGCCAGGAACCGUACCUGUCCAGCAGGGAGAUGGGUCAGAGUGUGGAUGAGGUGGAGAAGCUCAUCAAACGCCACGAGGCCUUCGAGAAGUCUGCUGCCACCUGGGAGGAGCGCUUCUCCGCUCUGGAGAGGCUGACUACGCUGGAGCUGCUGGAGGUGAGGAGGCAGCAGGAGGAGGAGGAGCGGAUGAGGAAGCCUCCGUCUCCAGAGCCAGUGGUGGUGCAGCAGCAGGAGGAGAGUCAGCAGCAGAGCGGAGGCAUCGUUCAGAACGGGCUCCCGUCAGACCAGGACUCUCCUCGGGACGGAGUGGACGGAGUGGACCUGGUGAACGGCGAGCGCAGCUCCAAGGAGCCGAGUCCUGGUGGCUCACCGACCGCUGGCAGGAAGAGUAAAACCAGCCAGUCGUCCACGCUGCCGUCCAAGAACCAGGACUCGUCCUCACAGCUCGAGGGACUUCUGCACCGCAAACACGAGUGGGAGGGGCAUAAUAAGAAGGCGUCCAACAGAUCAUGGCACAACGUGUACUGUGUCAUCAACAACCAGGAGAUGGGUUUCUAUAAAGACAGCAAGGCGGCAGCUCAGGGGGUCCCAUACCACAACGAAUUACCCAUCAGCCUGAGGGAGGCGACAUGCGACGUGGCGUCAGACUACAAGAAGAAGAAACACGUCUUCAAACUCAGACUCGCUGAUGGAAAUGAGUAUCUGUUCCAAGCCAAAGACGAAGAGGAGAUGAGCACCUGGAUCCAGGCCAUCCUGAACGCCAAUGCCGACGGACAGGGCAGCAACCCCGGCACGCCGUUGUCCGGGCGCGCUCAAACGCUGCCGGCCGCCGUCACACUCACCACCGAGUCGAGUCCCGGCAAGAGAGAGAAGGACAAAGAGAAGGAGAAGGAGAAGCGCUUCAGUCUGUUCAGCAAGAAGAAACAGUAGACAGUUAAACGGCUUUGGUGAAACAAGUCAGUGACGCACACUCUGAUGGAGGAGAGCUGCUGCACCUGCAUCAGAGCGUCCGUCCAGGUCCGAGCUCCACGAAGGUCUUCAGCAGGGGAAUCCUCUGAUACUGCACAUUAUUACUGCGCCGACCCGACAGGUGGCCGCAGCGCCGACCCGACAGGUGGCCGCAGCGCCGACCCGACAGGUGGCCGCAGCGCUCACCUGCCUCUAGGAAGACCUUCGUUGAGUUUAAUUAACAAGCAGCCGCUAAUUCUUCCAAAUUUCUAAAAACAGACUCAAACAAGUUAAAAUACGUUACAUCUUCAACACUCCAAAAGUUGUGACAUCACCACUGAUGUCACAAAUGAACAGCCAAUGAGGGAGGUUAGGGGCUGUGAGGAAAGUUUCACCAAAGUGAUGUGAUGCAGUUGUUUUUUUCUUCCUUGUGUUUGAUAUCUUGUUUCCUUGGCGAGCUGUUCUGUGACGAGACGACCGUCACCGAGAGCCGCGGCGGCAGGUUGUGAUGUCACCGUUCAGUUAACGUUGAUGAGUCAGCGCCGCCUCUCUCGCUGUUUGGCGUCAGCAGGGACCACACGCUCGGAUUCUUUGUUGAUUACGAUUUUAUUUUUCCUACAUUUUGUUAUUUUUCUACGUUUGAGUUGCAGGUCUGAGUUAUUUCCUCAGUUUUGUGAGGUCGUCCUCGGAGACACCGACUUUUUCUUCCUCUGCCGUUCAGAAAUUGGACCAACAGUGCUUUUUGUUUUCUUUAUGUUUAAAAACAGCCAAUCACCUACGAGGAGGUGUGAGAUGUAGAAAUGUCACCUGCAUGCUUCAGAAACUCACCACAGAGUAAAAGUUCUGAUCUCUUUGUUUCUGACAUGACUCCGAUCAGAACCAUGUAAAAUAAACACUACAGAGUCCAUGUCCAGUGGUACACCUUCAGACAGACAGGAGGGCAGUCAGGAGGGCAGUCAGGAGGGCAGUCAGGAGGACAGUCAGGAGGACAGACAGGAGGACAGACAGGAGGACAGUCAGGAGGACAGACAGAUGAAGGUAGCUUGCUCGCCGUCGCAUUGCGCUGCGUUCAGAUUUCCGGCUCUUUGAUACUCGUGUUGCUGCGUCACUGUAUAUCUAUCGUACUCAACAUGUGUGGAAGUUAAACACAAUCAGAGCUCAUCUAUAGAAUGAAGCAGAACCAGAACCAGAAGCUGAGGCUGAAUAUUUAACAGAACUUAGAACAUAAAGCUUUUCUCAUGUAUGAACCUGCACCUGUAGACUUAAAGCUCUCGCUCUCUCUGUCAGAUAUGUGCGAUGUCAUUAAAGCUUUUAAACUUUA